AUAAUAGGAGAGAGAGAAAGAGAGGGGGGGUUUAUGAGAGUUGUUGUAAGAGAGAGUCCUGCAAUGUGGGCAAAAUAGGGUGGCGCACAAAGGAAGAACCAAACAAGACUACACAUCCAUACUUUCCUUUACUCGUUUCUCGCUCCAUCCAUAAUCACGUCUAUCAAGGAAUUUUCCCUUUUCUCUUUAAACUUCCCCUGUUUAAACAACAGAGAGAGAAGUGUGUGUUUGUGUCUAGGGAAAUCACCUUUGAUUAUUUUCUUAUCUCAUCCAUUCAAUUCUGUAGAAACAAGCCGGACCCAUGCUUUUCGAGGAGAGAAUAAUUCAGUACAUUGUAAAAGGUGAUUUGUUGUGGUGGGGUUUCAUGGGGUGAACUCAAAGGUAUAAUGGGUAGCAUUAGUGAUGAUGAAGAAUGUGUAUUUUUUGAUGCCUCUGAGAAUAUUGGCCAAGUACCUGAUUUGGGUUCUAAUGAACCCCAGGUGCUCAAGUCCAGCUCCAGGAUUGGUAAUUUUGUCACUAGUAGCUACCAGUAUGAUGUGUGGAGUAGAAGUCCCAGCAGUGUUAGAGAGCGUCGUAGGGAAUUCUUUAGUUGGAUGGGAGAAGAUCCAGUAGAUGUAUAUGGAAGUUCUGAUUCUAGUUGUGAAAUUGAAAGGAUUAUGGAGAGUAGUGAGGCUGUGGUGCGAACCUCAAUUCUUGAAGACGAAUUUCCUUCUCGCCAAGUUCCUCUACCUGGUUUGUCUGUUGGUGUUUUGGGUUCAUAUAAAGAGUUGGAUUCAAAUGAGACAUUUGUGUGUCGGAGUGGCAAUCCAGGUGGUGGAAGAGAGUGCAAUGUACAUGACCAGGCUGAGAAUAAUCACAGAACUACGAAAUUGGAACGACAGCAACUUGGAUUUGAGGUCAAUGGAGAUGCUGGGAGGAAACUGAAUGUGGUCAAGAGGCGUUUAAUAAGUAGAUUGCGAUCACUGACGUGCAUUGUAAAUGACAAAGGGAGAAGUAACAAUUCAAAGGUUGACAGCUCCAGUGCUGUCCAAAGGUCUAGGGUUCAGAGGGCUAAGGUUCACCAUAGAAAGAAGCGAUUAAAUGAACUCUCUGCACUUUUUGUGGGGCAAGAUAUCCAGGCUCAUGAAGGUUCAAUAUUAACUAUGAAAUUCAGCCUUGAUGGGCAAUACCUAGCCAGUGCUGGUGAAGAUAAGAUUGUGCGUGUAUGGCAAGUGGUGGAAGACGAGAGAUCUGAUGAAGUAGAUAUUCCAGACUUAGAUCCAUCUUGCAUGUACUUCACAGUGAACCAUCUUUCACAACUUGCUCCUUUGGUGACAGAGAAAGAGAGAAUCAAUAAAUUGAGGGGUCUAAAGAAAACAACAGGGUCUUCCUGUGUCAUUUUCCCGCCUAAGGUCUUUCGAAUUUUGGAAGAACCGCUGCAUGUGUUCCGAGGACAUAGUGGUGAUAUAUUGGAUGUUUCGUGGUCAGAGAACAAUUAUUUGCUUUCAUCAUCAACGGACAAAACUGUUCGUCUGUGGCAAGUUGGAUAUGAUAAAUGCCUCAAAGUUUUUUCGCACAGUAAUUAUGUGACUUGCAUACAAUUCAACCCAGUAAGUGAUGAUUACUUCAUCAGUGGUUCAAUAGACGGAAAAGUUCGCAUUUGGGCGAUUAACAGCGGUCAAGUUGUGACUUGGACGGAUAUAAAAGACAUUGUGACUGCUAUUUCCUAUCGUCCUGAUGGGAAGGGUGGGAUUAUUGGUUCUAUAGCAGGCGCAUGUUGCUUCUUUAGUUUAAUAGAUCAUGAGAUUCAACUGGAGGAGCAGAUUUGUUUGGUCAGUAAGAAGAAGUCACUUUGCAAAAGAAUUACUGGCUUUCAGUUUCUACCACAAGACCCAAGUAAAGUGAUUGUUACUUGUGCGGACUCCCUAGUAAGAAUCCUUAGUGGGAUCAAUGUGAUUGGCAAAUACAGAGGCCUAAGAAAUGCAGGAAGCCAUCUCUCUGCUGCUUUCUCCUCAGAUGGGAAGCAUAUCAUCUCUGCAUCUGAAGAUUCUAAUGUCCAUCUGUGGAACUGUCACAUUCCAGAAGAGACUUCUGUGUCUCAACCUGAAGCGGUGAGAUCAUUUGAGUUCUUCUAUAGUGAUGCAUCCAUUGCAAUACCUUGGUCUGGACUGAAAAAUGUCAACCACGAGAAUCAGUGUCACUCACAAGUGCUGAGUCAAAGCUUAAACAAUUUUCCUUUGGGGGCUUCUCCUUUUUUCUCUUUAGGACAAGGGUUGUUUUUAGAGGCAAUUCCGAAGGGAUCUGCCACCUGGCCUGAAGAGAAGCUUCCACUGUCAAGUCCUCGGUCUGUGCCUUCUGCAAUGUGUAAAUCUCAAUACAAGUUUCUCAAAAGUUCUUGCCAGAGUUCAUCCAGUUCUCAUGCCUGGGGUUUAGUUAUUGUUACUGCAGGCUAUGAUGGGCGAAUAAGGUCAUAUCAUAAUUAUGGACUGCCUUCACCACUUUGAGAAGUAUAAUUUCAGGAUUUUCAAGGAAGUGAAAGUUAUCUCCUCUUUUGACACCUGCUUUCUGGAUUGCAGAAACCCUUUGUCAUGGAACUACUCGACAGAGUUCAGUGCUGCAACGAGAGCUCCAUAUGAGAAAGGAUGUUUGACCGGCCCCUUUAGGUACUUACAAGUCAUGUCAGAGUUUGCUUGAAUAUACCUGAUCUUGCCACUAGUUGGCACCUAAUUUUAGUUUAUUAGCGCCAUUCAUCCACCAACUCUGGAAGGAAAUGAAUAUUUUAUGAGAGGUCAACAUAACAUGCUUAUCCAUAUGAGUUGCCUGCGGGGCCUUUCAUUAUUCUACUUCCUUGUUAUCUAAAUGAGAUCAGGGAAGGAGCUAGUGGCUAUAAUUUUCUCUAGGCGAAAUGGUGGGGAACAUCAUCUUUUAUGACAUGCUGGCUGUUCUGAAUGAUUGAAUUGUUGUCUGCCAUACAGUCAGUCCAUUGAAGAUAGGAGUAACCACAGGUUGAUUGUGAGGAAGGUGGGGGCCGCUUCCUGCUGAAUUGGAGUGUCGUAGCAGCUGUACGUGCACGAGAUCUUAGUGUUGAUGUCAGUUACUAAUAUGGUAAGAAUGCUUCGGGGCUGGUGCUCUGCUCUGCCUCUGGUUGGAACAGCGCCUUUUCUGGUAAAAGAGGGAGGUUCAUUACAGAGAUGGUGCUGGUAACAUGGGUUUUUUGGGGGGCACGGUUCUAAACUCGGUGGAUAAUGUGUCC